AUGUAUUCUGAUAAUCGGAGCCUGAAUUUAAAAGAUGAAAAAACGAUAGAGAAAAUUAUUGAUCGGAAAGUAUCGUUUUCCGAUCAGACGAGCUGCGGUAAGUCCGAUAGCUGUGUUGUGGACAUGGAGAGAUUUUCACAUCUCAUGGAAAAAGACAUCAACAAUAAUAGAAAUUCAAGAAUUACAUUGCAGAGGAAUAUUUCAAGAAAAGGAUCAUUCAAAAAUGGAGACAUGAAAAUAAAGGAUGACAAUAGAGAGACUGUCACAACUUCACCAAAAGCCGGUAGCACGCCGGAAAAGCCACGCGUGGUGGCAGUUGGGGCCGCGAACCUCUCCCAUCAUCAGAUCACCAUCACUGGCGGCAGCCCGGCCGCCGACAUAAAAUCUACCGGUGGGAGGUUCGGUUUCCGGCGAGCUCAGCCGGUGAGGAUUUGUGACCCUAAGAGGAUACUCUUCCUUUUUGCAACCCUGUCGAGCAUGGGAACUAUUUUACUAAUAUAUUUCACACUUUCCAUGGAAAAACUCAAUGGGGAAGGCAAUGCUUCAAUCUGA